GGCUUGUGUGUUGCGUUUGGAUAAAAAACCUGUCAGUUGGUAGCACUGAAUAAAUGUCAAAUGUCAUUACAAAAUUGAGUCGUGAGAUGUGACCUGUGCUUUUCGUUUUUCUAAAAAUUCCUAUUUUAGAUAAUUAGGAAUAAAACGAAAGCAAUAAAUUAUCUAGCAAUAAUAAGAACGGCUUUCGGGUGUGAUAAUGGAAGAGUAUUUUUCGGCAACUAUAAAAAAACUGAAAUCAAACGACUAUAACCAAAUAAAUAUAGUGCUAGGCAACGAAAGCUGCGACUUGGAUUCUGCCGUGAGCUCCAUAGUUUAUACUAUAUUUUUGUACUGGCAUUACAAUCAGAUAAAAUGUACAGUGUGCACUCACCGAAAUGACAAUAACGACGACAAAAUAUUUGUACCGAUGCUAGAUGUGAAACGGGAAGACUAUCCGCUCAAAACAGAAGUCAUAUUUUGCUUGAGAGAACACGGGAUCAAUGAGGAUUAUUUAGUAUUCAGAGAUGACAUAAAUAUUGAGGAGUUAGCGACUACAAAGGAUGUAAACAUUAUCCUGGUCGAUCAUCACAUUAUCGCACAAAGAUACGAGAAGUAUAUACCGUAUGUGCGAGAGAUUAUAGACCAUCGUCCCAAGGACGAGGACAACUGGUUGUACAAGCCAGAUGUACGGAGCACUAUAGAGACGGUGGGCUCUUGCGCCAGUCUGGUCACGCAGAGAAUACGGGACCUGAGCAGACUGCUCGGGAAGGAUGAGGAGUUUCUGCGGCUGUAUCCAGAGUGUACUGACAUGUUACACGGUGUAAUAUUAUUAGAUACAGUGAAUUUUUCGAAGAAGCUCAACAAAGCGACCCCGACUGAUGUCAACAACGUUGACGCCAUAGAGAGAAUCCUAGAGCCAGAGGACAUAGAAAGAGAGAGGCGGAGCAAGGUGGAGGGUUUGGUGCGCGCGCGCAGCGACGUGUCCGCGCUGUCGGCGGCGCAGCUCAUCAAGAAGGACCUGAAGAUUCUGCAGGACAUCCUCGUGCCCACCUUCCCCAUACUCGUCGAGGAGUUCCUGCAGCGGCCGGCGGCUAUCCAGGCCGUGCAGGCGGCGCUGUCGACCUACAACUGCACGAUGGCGGUGCUGCUCGGCAUAGACCUGAAGUCGCAGCUGCGCCGCGACGGCGCCAUACUCAGCCCCGCCGACCCGGCCAGGGGGAACCAGCUCCUCGAGCUGUUCCAGAACUGGUGUGACCCGCAGCUGGUGCUGCAGCGCGGCGCGCGCCCCGACUGCCUCUACUUCACCAUCAUGAACUUGUCCGCCUCCCGGAAACAGAUUAUACCCAUACUCAAUGAAUUCCUAGCCAACAAAUAAUUUAUUUAUAUAAGUUUUUAAUAAAUGUAUACUCUUUA